AAUAAUACAGAUAGAAGAGGAACGAAGUGAAAAGUUAACUAACAAUAUGAAGUUACUCAUCUUCCUCACAGUAACGCUGGGCACACUUGUCACGGGACUAGAUUCUGUUUAUAGCAAGAAACACUACAAGCUGCCACAUAAACACAGAUCAGAUCACAAGGAAUGCCAUUGUUUGAAUGGAGGAACCUGCAUUACCUAUUACCUUUUUAGCAGAAUUAAUCGUUGCAUAUGCCCAGAAGGAUACACUGGGAUUCACUGUGAACUGGACACUGACAGCAUAUGCUAUACUGAGAAUGGGGAGGACUACAGAGGAGUGGCAACAGAAGAUCAGUGUCUGCCAUGGGACCUUCCCUCAGUAAUCAGGAGGGGUCACUACCAUGCUCACUUGAAGAAUGCUUUGCAGCUCGGACUGGGCCAACACAGCUACUGCAGAAACCCAAAUGGAAGGAACAGGCCCUGGUGUUAUACCAAAAAGGGAUUCACCAUCCAAGAAACACCCUGCAACAUAGAGAAGUGUGGGCGUGCAUGUGGUCAAAGGAGCAUCAGCAAGUACUUCAAGAUUGUUGGUGGAAGCCAGGCAGAGGUUGAGUCUCAGCCUUGGAUAGCUGGCAUCUUCCAAAACAUAAGGGGCAUCGACCAUUUUCUGUGUGGUGGCAGCCUCAUUGACCCUUGCUGGGUACUUACAGCAGCGCACUGUUUUCAUACUCCGUCAAAAAAACCACAAAACAAAUCCACCUACAAAGUCUUCCUUGGAAAGUCCAUACUGAAUGUUACUGAUGAUAAGGAACAAGUAUUCAUGGUUGAUGACAUCAUCUCUCACCCUGACUUUACAGAUGACACAGGUGGCAAUGAGAAUGAUAUUGCUUUGAUAAGAAUAAGAACAACUUCUGGACAGUGUGCAGUAGAAUCCAAAUAUGUCAGAACAGUCUGCUUGCCAGAGAAGAACCUUUACUUACGAGACAAUACCCGGUGUGAAAUAUCUGGCUACGGCAAACAAGAUUUUUAUGACAUUUACUAUGCUCAAAGACUGAUGUCAGCCACUGUAAACUUAAUAUCACAGACAAAAUGCAAAUAUGAAUACUAUGACAAUAUCAGAGUUACUGACAACAUGGUCUGUGCUGGAGAUCCCACAUGGAUGACUGAUGCGUGCAAGGGAGAUUCCGGUGGCCCCAUGGUCUGUGAGCACAAUGGCAGGAUGACGCUUUAUGGGAUUGUCAGCUGGGGAGAUGGCUGUGCAAAAGAAAACAAGCCUGGCGUUUACACCAGAGUUACUCAAUACCUUAACUGGAUUGAUUCCAAUAUGAAUGCAAUAAUCACCAAGAGUCGUUUUCUCCCUGAACCAAAGUGA